AUGCCCCCGGUGACUGGAGCGCCAACUCGGGCGGACUUGUCCAGUGGUGCAGCAGUGGCAGCAAAUGUUGUUUCACGUGAUCCUUUCGACUACGGUGGCGUAAUAAGCGGUGGUAUGCAAGGCUUGGCGCCUGCUUCGUCCACGGCGUCAUUAGGCAGUGUUGGCAUGACAACAACAACACAACGGGUAAUUACCAAGAAAAGGGCAAAAAGUGUGAAGCUCGAUUCGGACGAGGAUACCAGGAUUCGAGUGAAGGAUAUCAACAUGGCAUUUAAGGAGCUUGGCAAAAUGUGUGCACAGCAUCUGCAACAUGGCGAAAAAGUGCAGACAAAAUUGGGCGUACUGCAUCAGGCUGUUGCUGUUAUCACUGGUUUGGAAGAGCAGGUUAUCUUUUAUAUUUCUUACACUCUUCUAUUGAUAAUUCAUUGGACAACAAGCAGUCUGAUGCUACAUCAGAAGUAUAUGAAGGAUACGGGAAAGCACUAG